AGUCACGUGAUAAAACACGUGACGUCACGAUAUGACCCGACCUCUGAACCCUAACUGGUGGGCCAAAUCCAUGUUGAGAUUGUGAAUGGUGGUAGAUCACCAGUAUUAUGUCUCCGACCAUGUUGGACAUUCGUCGUGUGUUAAAAUGGAGCCAAAUCGUUGUCAACGUUGCAGUUAUGAUUCUAAGCAUGUGUGUGUUGCUGCCGUUGGGAUAUGUGUGGAAGUAUUUCAAUUCAAGCUGCCUCCUGAACGCUGAUAUCUUCGUGCAGGUGUCGCCAAACAAAUCCGUACUACUGAACACUGAGAGCACACAGUGGGGCGACAAUAGCCUCUGUUUCUACACCACAUUUCUCCCAGUAGUUGUGGCUAUCCAUUCCUUUAUUUGGACCUGGUUUUUCGUGUACGUAAGAAGAUCAUUAAAGGACGGAGGACAGGACUCCUACCUAAUGUUACCUGUGCUGGUCCUCCAUGGUAUCCUGUUUGUGUGUAUGGCAGUCUCCAGCUCUAUUCUCACCAAAGGUUUUAACGGUUGGUGCCACACUCUGGAGAAGAACAUUCAAAACAAGUACACGUGUACUGACCUGCAGAAUAUGCACUGGGCACUCUUUCAUGGGACGCAAAGUUUCUACACGUUUUACCAGGUAGCAGAGGCUUCAAGCUGGCUCCUCACAAUAGCACUGGCCUCGCAAUGCGGCCUGACGUUGUACAGGAGCUAUCGAGAAUGGACAUGGGAAGAGCCUUCACCAGAUAAGGACAAGACACUGUUGGAGAAAGAAAACGCGCAGUGUGGAGCUUAUGCUUUCCAAGGGAUGGACACCGACACUGGUUCAUUGAACUUUACAUCAGAAGUUUCGGUACCCGUCAGCGAUAGCGGCCGAAGCUCCUUACCGGGAAGGUUGAGCUCAAGAAACUCCAGCAGGAAGAGCCAUGUUGUGUAACUGUUUAAUAUGCGCAGUGUGAAGUUUCUGCUCAGCCACGAGGGAUAGAUGUGUGUUCUGAGUGCAUCUAGUCUAUUCGGUCACUCCUUGCAGCGUAAUGCGCUUCUUUUUAAGUAUUCGCCAUAUGCGAGCAGAUUUGCAGUGCACCUUCUGCAGGACCAAACUAUUUGUCAUCAGUUUUGAAAUGUUGUCUUCAGGGAUUCUUAAUUGCGGAUAUUGUAACCGUGGUUACAUGGUGAUUUAUUUUAUCUCUGAUAUAUUUAAGAAUUCUUGUGUUAUACGUAUAUUGAGUAACAACUUGUCCAGUAAUGGCUUAUCACUGUGAGGGAUGCAGGGUGGUCCGUUUUACAGUCUAGAAAUAAUUUAAAUUAAAUUAACUAUAAGUUUACUCGGAUGCUAACUGUGAUCGGGUUCUUUUUAUCAUACUGUGAUGUCUUACAUCUUUUGCUCACCACGCCCCCCCCCCCCCUGGAAUACUGUUAAAAGCGGCGUUAAACCCAACUUACUCACUCACACAUUCUUCGAUGCACAGAACUCAGCACACCUAUCUUAUUGAUAAAGUGUGCUGGUGUUUAAUUGAGGUCGCGGUUGACGCCCAAUCCUUCUUUAUUUAACCAAAUUUGGUUUCUGUGUGGAAAGUUUUGCUGCUUUUCCUUCUGGUUUUGCUAAUGUUAAUCUGACAUGGUAAACUAUGAUUACUAUAGUAUAUAAAGGAAUCGGUGUUCUUUAACUUCUUUUGAGUAGUAUAUAUUGUCCAUAAUUAUCAUAGUGUUUGUUACGAAUAUAUUCAUAUGAUCCGAUUACUUUUUCAUUUGAGUAUACACAUACAACCACCGGCGUCUAAUGUACGAGUAUAUGAUUUAAGAACAUAUAUCUAAUCCCAAAAUGAGGCGAAUUGUGCUCAGGUUCUUGCCACAUAAAAUGCUCAUUUGUACAAUAUAAUACAGCACACAGCGUUAAACCUUAAACCGAUUUGGAGUCGUUAGAGACCCAAAAUGUAUACCAUGUAAGGAUUAACCAUUGGAGACUGGGAUUUUAUCAAAAACAAUAAUUGUCCCCGAAGAUUCUUGAAAAAAUAGUUAUGCUUCAGACUGUGAAAAAUAAUAUUCUCAAAAACAUAUUCAGACUCCUAUUUUUCAAUGUACAAUAUUUGGUUUUGUUCAAAUCUCGAAACAAAAUUACAGCACCACACCCCACCCUUCCCAGAAUAUCAAAUGUCACCUGGCUGAAGAAGGGGUGGUCUUUAAUUUGGUCUCCAGCUAUUGGCUUAGCCACUCCGGCUAUUAACUUGGUUUAAACAGUUGGGACUGCUGCAGUCCAUGAUAGUUGCAUAACAGGCAGAAAACGUCUCGAUAGGAGUGGGCUAGCACAUUAAAUCGGCAUUCGUCGCGCACGCACGCACGCACGCACGCACGCACGCACACGUGCAUGUACGUCGUUUUAUAAGUGCAGUAAUCUUGGACGCGAAGUUAAACCCCAUUUCACCUCACCUGAUAGGCAGAAUACUGUUCAGAGCGGCUUCAAACUCAACUCACUCACUCACUCACUCGCGUUGCCAAGAUCCUCUCAAUACAGUUAAGCUGAGAGGCGACAUGUGUUCACGAAAUCCAAAAAUGCCGGGGUCAUAUAUGAUUUGCUUCAAUGUUCUUGUGAGUAAAUCUAUUUUACCGAUACGCAAUUCAAUGAUUUACAAUGUGUAGUUAUGAGACAUAAGGCUUCAGUUGCAGUUUCACGUGUACUGUAGACAGGCAAUGCUUCUUCGCAAAGGUUCUGUUCAUCUCGCCCGCACCAUCAUCUGCCAAAGAAAACCCAAGUCACAAAGUCUCGCCAUUUAAGAAUCUUAUAUGAAUAACAAUCCCCCAGAACCACACUGUACAUUGCAAUACACAUUGCCUAUCAUAUGUUCAGCACUAACGUUGACGCGUAACUGCCCAAUCAGAAUGUACUCUCAGAUAUUAACACACCAAAUAAGCAUCAACAGAUAGAAUUUAUCAUGGUAAAUACUAUUAUUUUUCUGAUCGGUAGAAUGCAUUUCUUUACUUGAAGGUAAGCCUUUUAAUUUAGUUGAUAGAUACAUUCCGUGAUUCACUUGAUAGGUAAAGUAAGUACCGUGAUUUACUUACUAGGUAAAGUAAAUUCCCUGAUAUACUUGGUAGGUAAAUAAAUUCCUUGAUUUGCUUGGUAGGUAAAGUCAAUUCCGUGAUUUGCUAAGUAGAUAGGAUAAAAUCCAUGAUUUACGUGCAAGGUAAAGUAGAUUCAAUGAUUUACUUGAUAGGUAUUGUAAAUUUCCUGAUAUACUUGAUAAGAAUAGUAAAUUCCCUGAUAUAGUUAUUAAUUAGGAUAAAUUCCGUGAUUUACUUGAUAGGUAAAGUAAAUUCCCUGAUAUACUUGAUAGGUAAAGUAAAUUCCCUGAUAUAUUUGUUAAGUAGGAUAAUUCUGUGAUUUACGUACUAGGUAAAGUAAAUUUCCUGAUUUACUUGAUAGGUAGGAUAAAUUCCUUGAUUUACGUGCUAGGUUAAGGAGACUCCGCGAUUUACUUGCUACAGCCAUUCUUGCAUGAAGGACUUUAAGAUUCCUUAUGUAGUGAAUAUGUGGUAUGGAGAAUUACUAUUUUGUUUUGAUUUCUCUCCUGCUUCGACCUUUGACCUUCACUUAUCCAAGUUCAUUGUGUCGUACUGCAUUUGCGACAUCUCUGGGCUUAUGAAGUUGUACGUCUGUGUCCAUGCUGUUGUGUCUCGAACAAGUGCUCAAAGAAUUCAUAUGUUAGUUUGAACAUGGCGGCCAUUUCUUUAUAUACCUUAAUGGAAAUAUGAUUUGUGGUAUGCAUAAUAACACUUGUUACAAACUGUUGUGUGUUGUGGUAUUGGGCACAACUUCAACCUUUGACCUGGGUGUGCUCCUCUAUAGGUAUUCAUUUGUCAAUGUUUAUGUUUCUCUGUGUGUGGAUUAGUGCAAUAAUUCGUGUAAAUUGAUUUCUUUUCUUAUUUUAUAGACCCGUGAAGAUCCGGGGUAGAAUAGGUCUUCAGCAACCAAUGCUUGCUAUAAAAGGCUUAUUGUAAGAGGCGACUGACGAGAUCGGGUGGUCAGACUCGCUGACUUGGUUUAUGCAUG